GCGGCCUGCUGGUUCCGGUGUGUGGGCUUGGGCGGGUGUGAGGCGAGCGGAGCGUGAGGCGGAGGUUCAGCGCGGCUGGGGAAUGCUGGUGGCCUUGUGAGCCGCUCCCGCCUCCAUUAUGUCCGUCGUGCCGCCCAACCGCUCCCAGACCGGCUGGCCCCGCGGGGUCAACCAGUUCGGUAACAAAUACAUCCAGCAAAGCAAACCCCUCACGCUCGAGCGGACCAUCAACCUGUAUCCUCUCACAAAUUACACCUUUGGGACCAAGGAACCCCUAUACGAGAAGGACAGUUCAGUGGCUGCCCGAUUCCAGCGCAUGAGAGAGGAAUUUGACAAGAUUGGAAUGAGGCGGACUGUUGAAGGGGUCCUGAUUGUACAUGAACACAGGCUGCCUCAUGUAUUGCUCUUGCAGCUGGGCACAACCUUCUUCAAACUGCCUGGUGGUGAACUUAAUCCAGGAGAAGAUGAGGUAGAAGGCCUCAAACGUUUAAUGACAGAGAUACUGGGUCGUCAAGAUGGAGUGCAGCAAGACUGGGUCAUUGAUGACUGCAUUGGUAAUUGGUGGAGACCGAAUUUUGAGCCCCCACAGUAUCCUUAUAUUCCAGCGCAUAUUACAAAACCAAAAGAGCACAAAAAGCUCUUUUUGGUUCAGCUUCAAGAAAAGGCUUUGUUUGCAGUCCCCAAAAACUACAAGCUAGUAGCUGCUCCGUUGUUUGAGCUCUAUGACAAUGCGCCAGGCUACGGACCUAUCAUUUCCAGCCUUCCCCAGCUUUUGAGCAGGUUCAAUUUUAUUUACAACUGAAUUUCCUGAAGUGUGUGGUAGAAGCCGUCUCUGUGAGAACAGCUUUAAAAUGUAGAAGAGAAAACAUGACGCAAGGAUUUUUUUUAUGUCUCUUCCCCUCCAAUUUCCCCCCUCCCCAAACCUUUCUACCAUCUGAAUAGGAAAGUGAAUCUUGACUGUUUAGAUAGUGGAAUGAUGAGUGUAAUUGCGUUUUAAUCACCUAUGUUGUAAUAGUCACCUGACUUUUUUUUUUAAAUAACAUUAAACAAAAUGGACUCCA